CAGAUCCUGUCCAAUUCCGCUGGUUGGAGGGACUGGUGUCGCAGAUUCGACAGAAUUUUCUAUGCACGUUAUCUAAAAUUAGGCUCUAAAUCUAAAUUAGUGAUGUCAUUAAGUGUUAUGACGGCUCUUAUCCGUCGAUAAAUUUGUUUUAUUUCGUUAUUCAUGCGCUGGAGAAAUGGAUAUGCAAAAAGCAGCUGGUUCCAUGUUCAUGUGUCGGCUGUGCAACCUCUUCUCCCCCAGUCGCUCUCUGCUGCUGGACCAUUGCUCCGAGCUGCAUCCCCAGCAGGAGCCUUCUGAUGACAUCAUCAUUGCACUGCAACCACUUGUAUCAGAGCCUGUGAAGACGCUGGCAGGUCUGAUUGAGAGCCCGGUGAAACGGAAGCGAGGACGACCAAAAGGAUCUACAAAGAAGUCCAAGGCUGACUCUUCCCAUUCUCUAGAGGAUAACUUUCAAAGACAAGAUGAAGGGAACAAGAAGGAGGGAGACUCACAAAGUAGCUCGAUAGAAGGUGAGAGCCACGAUAGGAUUUUGGGACUUGAUUGUAGAGACUGCCAUCGCUCAUUCAGCAACAGACGACAGAUCCUUAAACACAUAUGUAUGAGAGAGCAGGAGGCGGAGGAGGAUGAAGAGGACAAUGGGAGGAUCGUUGCUGAAGCAGGAGUUGAAGGUUCUGGGAGUUUGGAGCAUGCGAAUGCUGACCCAAACAAGAAGAACCAAAACACAGUGAGACCAGAAACUUCGAGAGAAAAGGACAUGGGCAGCUUGAGAUCAACGAGAACCAACCGAAGCCGCAUAACCAGAGAAGGAGCACCAGUAACAGAAAACAAGAAGUCCGUCAUUAGCGUUGUUCUGACAGAAGAUGAAACACUUCCAGGUGUUUUUAAAAUGGUUCCAGUAGAGGACUGUUUAGCAGAAACAGAGUCUACAGCCAACAAGACUCAGCCUCAGCAGUCUGUUGUCUUCCAGAGUCAGUCACAAGACCUUGCAAGUGAAUCCACAAUCUCAGAAGGUGACCCUGAAACGGACCAGGAGCCCAGUUCUAACCCAACCUUCACAACAACCACAGCAGCAGCCAACAGAGGCUUCCAGGAAUAUUCUAUCAAACAAGAUGCUUCAAAUUUACUUCAGAGCCAGCUGAAGAUCUUCACCUGUGAGUUCUGCAAUAAGAUCUUUAAGUUCAGACACUCGCUGGUCGCCCACCUCAGGACACACACCCAGGAGAAACCGUUCCAGUGUCCACAUUGUGACUAUGCAUCAGCCAUCAAAGCCAACCUGAAUGUUCACCUGAGGAAACACACAGGAGAGAAGUUCAGCUGUCAGCACUGUCCUUUCAACUGCCUCAGCCCAGGACACCUCAAGGUCCACAUAGAGCGAGUCCACCUGAAGGUGAAGCAGCACUGUAGCUUCUGUGAGAAAAAGUACUCCGAUGUAAAGAACUUGCUGAAACACAUUGAGAAACGUCAUAACCUCAAAGAACCUACAGUCUACCAGAGCUACCAGCAGCUGAGGUUAAAGACUCGUCAGGGCCUCAGACAGCUCCUGUACCACUGUUCCACCUGUAAACGACGCUUCAAGAACCAACUCGAGCGGGAGCGCCACCUCUUGGUCCACGGGCCUCAGCGUCCCUUCGCCUGCCUGCUCUGUGACCACGCUGCGACCAAGAUAGAUGCCCUCGCUGCUCAUGUCAGGAAACACCUUUUCCUGUACGUGUGCUGUGUGUGUGACGGGAAGUUGGUCAGCGCUCAGAGACUAAGGAGUCACCUGAAAGAGUCUCACCCUGAACGUGACCAGGAGCAGGCCUUCACGGACUGUAUCAAUAACAGCUACUACCUGAUACAGCCUGGAGGAGACAUGUGUGGGGAUGAGGAAAGCGAGGACACAAAGAGAGGGAAACGGGGAGAGCAUGGGACAGAGCAAGAGGGUGAAAGAAAUGGUGUCGGAGGGGAAGAGAGGGAACAUGAGAGGGAAGAAGCUAAAGCUCAGGGUGAAUGUGCAGAAGGCGUGCAGGUCACAGAAGGAGAGAGACGGAAAGAAGGAGAGAUAAAAAUUGGAUGUGCACCACAAGGUUCCCAAGACACGGUUUCUAUAGAAACCUCAACUCCUGAUGACGUACAGGACAAAGCAACAGCUGGAGAACCAGCGCAGGCAAACUCAGUGGACUCAUGCACCCCAGCAACUGAAAACACAGGCAGGCUCAAACACAACACAACUGUUUUAUCACCAGAGAGCAUCCACUGCCCUCUCCUGGAGGAUAAGACUCGAGAAAAUACACACGCAGCCAAAAACACAAAAACAACUUCAUCAUCAGGAAAUGAAAACUCGCUCGAUUUGGGCGUGCACACACCUUCGUCAUCAUCACCUCCAGGGGCAGAGGACCAAACUCCUCAUUCAGAGAAGGAGUCAGAUAUUGGCCGCCAAAGUGCUUUCCAGCAGGUGUUCUCAUCUCUUCAGAAGACUCCCCUUAAUGUGGACACUUUCCAGAAGCUCAGGAAAACUUACGGAGACCUGGAAUGCCAAUACUGUGGUAAACUGUUCUGGUACAAGGUUCAAUAUAACGUCCACGUACGCACCCACACCAAGGAGCACUUGCACUACUGCACAAAGUGUAGCUACUCGUCGAUCACCAAAAGCUCCUUAAAGCGGCACCAGAUCCAGAAGCACAGUGGUUUGCUGCUGCCUUGUUCUAACCCCGGCUGUAAAUACACCACACCAGACAAAUACAAACUACAAGCUCAUCUGAGGACGCACCAGGAACAGGGAAGGAGUGUGGCCUGUCCUAUCUGCCAGCUCAGCUUUACAGAGCAGAGGCUAAAACAUCACAUCAAAACGUCCCACCCUGGUCUGAAGCCAUACCUCUGUAGUGUGUGUGACUACGCAGGCCGCAGCAGGAGUAACCUGAAGACUCAUAUGAAUCGACACAACACAGAUAGACCUCACCUCUGUGACCUGUGUGGUAAAAAGUUCAAAUCUAAAGCCACGCUGAAAAGCCACAGACAGAGCCACACAAAAGAAGGGAAUCGGUUUAAAUGUUCGGAGUGUGACUUUACCUCAGUCUCUAAACCUUCCUUGCUCAGACAUAAGGAGCAACACGCUGAAUUUAAGCCGUUUCGUUGUGCCCACUGCCACUACUCCUGUAACCUUGCUGGUCCCCUGAAGCGACACUACAGCUUGAAACACCCAGAUCAGAAAUACGAGAAUGCCGGACCUGGACUGCCUAAUGCUGAGGCUCUGAAACGUCAAGGUGGAAAGAAGUGUCCUGAUUGUGAGUUUGUUUAUCGCACCAAGUGGGAGAUGAAUCGCCACCUGAAGAGCAAACACAGCCAGAAAGUGGUGGAGGACUCUUGGGAGGCGGUGGAGGCAAUAGAGGCCCAAUAUGUGACUCUGGAGGAUGAAGAGCAGCUGACAGAAACACCUGUAGCAGCCCUGCACGACAACGUUGAUAUCCAGCAAAUCACUGAGUUCAGUUCAGAGACUCACGACGCCGUCACCUCCAUGGUCGCCAUGGCUCCGGGCACCGUUACUGUCGUACAACAGUUGCAGGUGGCAGACGAGCAGGAAGUCGAUAACUGCAGCAACCAGCUGAUGGUGGUGAACGCAGAGGGGGAUCUAACUGGGGACCAGGUGAUGGUGGUGGAGGAUGCACACGGCCUGGAGGCUCUGACGGUCCUCACUCAGGGCGAUGACACUCACCACUAUAUUGUCUACGUUCAGGAACACACUGUAGAAAUCAACCAGCAAUGCUAGCAAUUUAACACAGUACUGCCAAUCUAUCUGUGCUGAGUGAAACAGCAUCAACAGAAAAUGUAAAAUAUCAUCAAAUGUACCACUAAGCAAUAAAACCAGGACUUGGUAAAGUUCCUGUUCAUCAUUAAGAAUUUUUAAAAUUAUCUUUUAGGCACUCUGUAAUUACGAAAAUACCAAGUGCAAUACUUUGUUUUGUGACAUAUUUUGUUUAUUUUUGUUUGUAUAAAGUAUGUUAUUCAAAUAUAA